GGCGCACAGACCGACCGGCUCACCGGACGGGAAUGCAUCACACCAUGGCCUCACAGUAAACCCAAGGAAAAGCCUAAAGUGUGUAUAUCUAACCGGCAAUCCGUCACCAUCGGCGCCUUGAUCAUGGACCUCAGGUCCAAAGGCUUUUUUAGGAGGCAUCGGAAAUGUCAAUAGUGCUCUGCAAGUGCUAUAUUAUUUAAUUUGGUGUCCUUCUACUUUUCCACGUUCUGGGGAUUUAAAGAGCCUAUGACAGCAACAGCAGUCACCCUAUCUACCAGUAAGGUAGCUAACUAGCUGAGUCAAUAAGGGCACCACUUUCCCUUUGGAGGAGAGGACAAGGUACCUAGCAAUACGACUACUAAGUAACGGACUAGUUUAGGAUAUAGUUGCCGAUUCCAGUCUUCCAUUCGAACGCACAGAUACUAUUCAUUGCGGGUAGGCAGGCAAGUCAGCGCUACCCUGAUGCAGAACCACAGAAGCACGUGAAAUGAACAAGCCACUACAGCCUCUAACGGGACCCACUUCUGCCCCACACCCUGCCCCCUCCCCUGGAUUGACACAGGCUGCUUAUGCCCCAGGACAGCCCCCAUCUCUUGUGUUUGCCACUCCACCACCUCAGCAAAUGAACCCUGCACCGCAGCCACGACAGUUUGCUCCAGGGCCCCGUGCUUUACACCAACAGCCUUACUACCAGAACCGGCCAGCUAUGCCCAGCAGUGCUCCACGGGUCCAAACCAGUAGUGGACCCAGGCCAGUGGGACCUACACACGUCUACCAGACUGGCUCCCAGAUGAUGAUGAUCCCCCAGCAGCAGCUGUCCUUUGCAGGCUCCCCACAGAGCUACUUCAUCCCUCCUGGACAGUACCGGACUCCUUAUAUGGCCCCUGCUCAGCAGUACCCUGUGACCAGUGGCACGGCAGGCUUCUACCCAGGAACUAGUCCAGCCGAGUACACUGCUUACGCUGGUGCAUAUUACCCAGCCCAGCCCCAGUACUCACCGUCAGUCCAGCCCACGCCCGUCAUGAUCACCACCCAGCAACAGCAACAAGCCCCACCUCCCCAGCAGCCGCCAGCCCAGCCACAAGGCCCACCAAAGAGGGAGCGCAAACCGAUCAGAAUACGAGACCCUAACCAGGGUGGACGUGAUAUCACAGAGGAGAUCAUGGCCGGAGGAAGGUCCACCUCUACACCCACUCCCCCACAGGCCUCCUUGCCUGACGGAGGAGGCCCAGCUCAGACCAAUGGUGAAGUAACACAGCCCAUCGCCAUGACGACGAGAACAGAUGAAACUGCUGCUACAGCCGGAACCCCACGUUCCCCUGUGUCGUCCUCUCCUGAGCCUGCAGUUGAGGCAGGGCCUGAAACAGACACACAGAGAGACCCUCUCUAUGAGCAGACCAUCCAAUCAGAAGUGGUGGCCUCAAUUGAGGCACCCAUCUCACCUGGCAAAGAUCAGUCACCUGCACCCUCCCCAUCCCCUCCAUCAGCACCAACCAGGUGCUCCCCAACUCCCCCCUCAGAGCCCACCGUGGCCCCUCCCGCCAUCCCUCAGGUGUGCGACACAGUGGAUGCCCCGGUGACCCUGACGAUGACAUCACGUGUCCAGGAGCACCCUUCCAAUCAGGACAGCCCUGAUGUCACGCUGGCUGUGUCCGAGAAGCCUGCAGUCCAAGAGGAGAAGAUAAAGGAGGAGAAAGAUGAAGCCGAGAUGACGGUGGGGGAGGAGCCUGCCGACGCCAGCCAAUCGGAGGUCGAAACUGCAGUGCAGCAAAUGCAGGCGCCGCUCGCUGCGGUCAACAGCGAAAACGUGACUCCCCCCUCGAAGGAGGAAACCGAAGCCUCUGCCUGUACAGACGCCAUCGUGGAGCCUCUAAUUGGUAUGCAGGGGACGGCAGCCCCGGCCAACCUGACCCGGGCCGCUUCUCUGCAGGGCAGUCCUGAGGCAGAGGCCAUGCCGACCUACAAGGCUGAGCUUCCACUGUCCAACGGCCUCCCUCAGGACCUGGAGGAACUGUCAGAAGAGGUACCCCAGUCGGAGUGUGGGGACACCAAAUCCCCUGCGGAAGUCGACGGGCCUCAACCUCAGGAACCCACCUCUUUAGCUGGUCCGACAACACUAGGUCACAAUGAGGAAGAGGAGGAGGAAGAGAAGACAGAAAACUUGCACUCUGCCAGUUGCCCCACAGGGGAAACUACUAUGCAUGCUGCUGUGUCUGUGCCAAAGAAGAAGAGGAACAUGAAGGAGCUGAACAAGAAAGAGGCCAUUGGAGAUCUCCUGGAUGCCUUCAAAGAGGAGCAAGAAGCUAAGCCUGCUCCAGAGCCUCAGGCUGAGCCUGCCCCCUCCACUCUGGCUGCCCUGCCGGCCGAGGUCUCUGAGGAGACGUGGGAGGAGAAGGAGGACAAGCAAAACUCUGAGCCUGAGACGUCUGAACCCAAAUCAGCUGUUGUAAAGUAUCAAUACAAAGGAGAACAAUGGAAGCCGAUUGACCCAGAGGACAAGAAACGGUAUGACCGGGAGUUCCUCUUGGGGUUUCAGUUCAGCAGCGCCAGCAUGCAUAAGCCUGAGGGCCUGCCCCUCAUCAGUGAUGUGGUCCUUGACAAGGCCAACAAGACCCCGCUGCGUCCUGCAGAUCCGGGUCGUCUGAUGAAUACUGGUCCUGACUUCACCCCCUCCUUUUUGGGGAACCUGGGCAGGCAGUCGACUGGCCCGCGGGGCCCGCCCCCUGGCCCACGUCGUUCCCAGCAGGGCCAGAGGAAGGAGCCGCGGAAAAUCAUCACCAGUAUGUCUCUGUGCGACGACGUGCAGCUCAACAAGGCAGAGAAGGCCUGGAAGCCCUCGGCUAAAAAGCUGGCAUCAGGCCGAGGCCUUACUGGGGCGGAGGAGUCUGAGGAUGAGGACCCAGAGCAGGUCAAGACCCAGGAGCUUUUCAAGCGCGUGCGAAGCGUCCUCAACAAACUGACACCCCAGAUGUUCCAGCAGCUGAUGAAGCAGGUGACCGACUUGACCAUUGACACGGAGGAGAGGCUGAAGGGCGUCAUCGACCUCAUCUUUGAGAAGGCCAUUUCAGAGCCCAACUUCUCAGUGGCCUACGCCAACAUGUGCCGCUGCCUAAUGGGGCUCAAAGUGCCCACCACUGACAAGCCAGGAGUCACUGUGAACUUCCGCAAGCUGCUGCUCAACCGCUGCCAGAAGGAAUUUGAGAAAGACCAGGAUGAUGACGAAAUCUUUGAGCGGAAGCAGAAAGAGAUGGAAGCUGCCAAAGAGGAAGAGCGAGCCAGCCUGAAGGCAGAGCUUGAGGAGGCCAAGGACAAGGCACGGCGGCGCUCUCUUGGCAACAUCAAGUUCAUCGGGGAGCUGUUCAAGCUGAAGAUGCUGACAGAGGCCAUCAUGCACGACUGCGUGGUGAAGCUGCUGAAGAACCAUGACGAGGAAUCCCUGGAGUGUCUCUGCAGGCUGCUGUCCACCAUCGGCAAAGACCUGGACUUCGAGAAGGCCAAGCCUCGUAUGGAUCAGUACUUCAACCAGAUGGACAAGAUCAUCAAGGAGAGGAAGACCUCGUCCAGGAUUCGCUUCAUGCUGCAGGAUGUUCUGGACCUCAGGAGGUGUAACUGGAUUCCUCGUAGAGGUGACCAGGGCCCUAAGACCAUCGAUCAGAUCCACAAGGAGGCUGAGCUGGAGGAGCACAGAGAGCAGAUCAAGGUGCAGCAGCAGCUGCUAAACAAGAAGGACGGUGGAGGAGGAGGCCGGAUGGUAGGAGGUGGCUCAGGAGGCCGGGGGGGCCCCCACACCCCCGGGGGAGGCCGGGGUAGCCAGCCUCAGGACGAAGGCUGGAACACGGUGCCCAUCUCAACCAAGAACAGACCCAUCGACACCAGCCGUCUUAGCAAAAUCACCAAGCCUGGUGCUCUGGACUUUAAUAACCAGUUGCUGGCCCCCGGGGGUAAAGGCAUGUGGGGUAGCUGGGGUAAGGGCAGCAGCGGCGGAACUGGAGCCAAGCAAGCCAGCGGAGGAGAACAGGAGCCUGGCCGUCCAGCCACCAGCACCGUUAACCGCUUCUCAGCUCUGCAGCAGUCUGCCCCACCUUCAUCAUCUUCCUCAGACGCUGACCGCAGGGUGCCCCUGAGGUCCAGUUCAAGUCGGGACCGUGUCAGCGACCGCUUCGAGCGACCUGACAGCCGCGAGGAACGCAGCGCCCGGCCACCUGUCACGAAGCGCAGCUUUAGCAGGGAGACAGAGGAGCGUGGCGGGCGAGGGGGCGAAGGCCGCUCAUCUGCAGAGCCUGUACGCCGCGUGGCUAGCAUGACGGAUGACAGGGACAGAGGCAGCCGCGACCGAGCGCCAAGCAAGGAACCUGCCGUAAAGCGUGAGAAUGCCCCCUCUCCUCCCUCCAAGCCAGCCAUGACCGAAGAGGAGUUGGACAAGAAAUCAAACGCCAUCAUCGAAGAGUACCUCCACAUAAAUGACAUGAAGGAGGCGCUGCAGUGUGUGGCAGAAAUGAACAGCGGCUCACUACUGUUUGUGUUUGUGCGGAACGGUGUGGAGUCUACCCUGGAGCGUAGCACCAUUGCCAGGCAACACAUGGGCCUGCUGCUGCACCAGCUCUACAUAUCUGGCUCUCUGACUGCUCAGCAAUAUUACCAGGGGCUACAAGAGAUCCUAGAGGUAGCCGAGGACAUGGCCAUAGACAUCCCCCACAUCUGGCUCUACCUGGCUGAACUCAUCACUCCGAUGCUCCAUGAGGGAGGCAUCCCCAUGGGACAGCUGUUCAGGGAGAUCUCCAAACCCUUGGUCCCUCUGGGUAAAGCAGGUGUUCUGCUAGUUGAGAUGCUCACUCUCCUCUGCAAAGAAAUGACCCACAAGAAGGUUGGUGGACAGUGGAGAGAAGGAGGGCUGAACUGGAGUGACUUCCUUGCCAAAGACGAGGACAUCAACAAGUUUGUCACUGAACAGAAAGUGGAAUUCACAUUGGGGGAGAAGUUGGAGUCUGAAGAGACUAAUGAGAAGAAGUUGUUGAGUGGGGAAGAGCUGAGCAAACAGCUGGACAGACUAAUCCAGGACAAAGCCAACAACCAGCGCAUAAGAGACUGGGUGGAGGCCAAUCUGGAUGAGCAGCACACCGUUUCCAACACAUUUGUGCGCGCCUUGAUGACAUCUGUGUGCCAGUCAGCCAUCAUAUGUGAAAACCCAUAUAAGGUGGAUGUGUCGCAGAUUACCCAGAGGGCUUCACUGCUGCAGAGGUACCUGAGCGACGAGCAGAAGGAGCUGCAGGCUCUGUACGCCCUGCAGGCCCUUAUGGUACACAUGGAGCAACCAGCUAACCUCCUACGGAUGUUCUUUGACACGCUGUACGACGAGGAUGUGAUCAAAGAGGAGGCGUUCUACAAGUGGGAGUCCAGCAAGGACCCUGCCGAGCAGACUGGCAAGGGUGUUGCCCUCAAGUCCGUCACUGCGUUCUUCACCUGGCUCCGCGAGGCAGAGGAGGAAUCUGACAAGGACUAAGGACUAAGCUGAGAGACUUCGCCGCUACAGCAAGGGAGGGACAUUGUAAGGGGUAGAGAGAAGAGGACUCUAAUGCCUGAGAGGCAGACUCACUUGGUCCUCAAUGAGGAAGAUAAUUUUGAGGGAAUAGAACCAUGAAAAAACAAUUUCUCUCCUCGUUCGCUUCUUCCCUCUCUAUUGCUUCCUCUCUUCCCGUUUGCUUAUCAUAGGCAAGUGUCCACCGAAUUAAAUAAACCUGAAAAUUAUUCAGCAGGAUGGCUUUAUAACUAUGCGUUAAAACGUCAUUGCAUAAAUGUCAACUUCUUGAAAACAAUACAAACCAACACGCUGCUCUUUUUAUGGUUCUAGAUUAAUUAUAUUAUGCAACAUACUAUAUGACACAAGCUGUGUCAUGUAGCAUGUUCCCAGGACAGGAUAUCAUGCCAGAUGCGCAUGAUGUCCGAUAAAACACAGAGCUCAUGUCUUGUCUGGGGUUUUUUUUUCAUAUUGGAGUGUGCAGCAUGGUUUAUGUGUGUUUCUAUUGAUGAUAUGAUGGGAGGGUGCUCAUGAAUAUGUUGCUGAUUUCAUCAACAAACAAAAAGGUGAAUUGCAUUUUUUUUGCAUUACGUAGGAGGUUUUAUUCUCUUUUGUCGUUUACUACAGAGGGGACCUGAAAGAACAGAACCCCUGAGGAUUGUGACCUUUGACUGAAGACCUUGACUACUAGGGGGUGGUCUAUUAUGCUUUCUUAAAGCCAUCCCUUCUUCCACCUCCUAGUAAUCAACCAUGACAUGGUGGAUUCUGCAUAUUUUACCUCUUGUACUCAAAUGGACUGUUGAGGCUCUUAAUCUCCCCACCCUUGGAGAGAAGGCCUAGUGAGGACUCUAAAUGACAGAUCACCAUUAAAACUUGAAAAACCUACAGAGAUCAUCUUGAUGGGGAGGAAAUAAUAAUAAAACACAGAAAUGACCCGAAAGCCUUUUCUACUCUUAAGUGGAAACACAUUUCAGGAGCAUUCUAUAAAUAUAUAUAUAGAAAAAAAAACAGAAAAAAAGUUUUGUCAGUUUUAUUUUGGAAAUAAAGAAAUUGCCGAAGUAAUGCCAUGUAUCUUUGUCCAGCAGAAGUGGCAGUUAUCCAGAUGCAGAAAGGUGCUUUAGAUUAUUAUGUUUUAUUGGAAUUUUGUAAAUACUUUUGCUUUCUUUAUUAUUUAAGAAAUGAUUGCUUCUUUUUGCAUCGGAAACUGGAAAAGAUAAGGAAACUGAGCAUUGCAAAUAAAAUACAAAUUGCUGAGCAAA